CCCAUUAUGUAUUUGCGUGCAACGAGCCUAACGGUAGAUGUUUGUGUGUUCUGAACAGCUCUUAUUGCCAUUUUCAUAUUUGUAAUGUGACUUUGUUUAUGAAAAGCGAGUUAUGUGAUCAUGUGAAAUAAUAAUUAUAUCAGCAAAAUAAAUUUAUAAUCAGAACAGGAACAAUGGGACCUCCUAAACGUGUGAGAAAAGACGACCGAGGAAAAUGGAAAAAAAGAAAGGAAGAAGAGGAGUACAACGAGGAGGAUUUCGGUGAUGGAUUGGAUACCGAGGGUAUCCCAGAUGCGGCGAAGAAUGACGUCGAGAAAUUGGACGAGAAUGCCCUGGAGGAUGAGUUCGGUGCCAAAGACUACAGAUCUCAAAUGAUACUAAAGCCAGAUAAUACUUCCCGACCCCUCUGGGUGGCUCCAAAUGGCCACAUUUUCCUGGAAUCAUUUUCCCCAGUUUAUAAACAUGCUCACGACUUCCUGAUCGCCAUAUCUGAGCCAGUAUGUCGACCAGAGCACAUUCAUGAAUACAAAUUAACAGCUUAUUCACUGUACGCUGCUGUUAGUGUUGGCCUCCAGACUCAUGAUAUUAUUGAAUACCUGAAGAGACUCAGCAAAACGAGUAUUCCUGAUGGUAUCGUGGAGUUCAUACAGCUGUGUACUUUGUCGUAUGGAAAAGUAAAACUAGUCUUAAAGCACAACAAAUACUUCGUCGAGUCGCCCUAUCCCGACGUCCUCCAAAAGCUCCUGAAAGACCCGGUGAUUCAAGAAUGUCGUCUGCGCAAGGCAGUCGAUGAAACCGACAAAGACGUCCUCAUAACAAAUAUCCAAGGUAAGAACAAAGCCCUCCAGUUCGGUGGCAAAUCCGUUCCCGAGACAAAUCCUGGAGCUUCAGCAGGCCCGGACGGCUCGACUGACAUUUCCGAGGCAUCAGCCAUCCCCGAGGACAUCACGACGUUCUACGACAAAAUCGAUAAAGAGGACGAAGACGAGGAGGAAGAGCAGCAGUUGAAGACCGUAAGUUUCGAAGUGAAUCAGGAGAAAAUCGAAGUCAUCCAGAAGAGGUGCAUCGAGCUGGAGUAUCCGCUGCUGGCAGAGUACGAUUUCAGAAAUGAUACGGUGAACCCAGACAUCAACAUCGACCUGAAGCCCUCGGCUGUUCUUCGGCCGUACCAGGAGAAGAGCCUUCGUAAGAUGUUUGGAAAUGGUCGAGCUAGAUCAGGAGUAAUUGUCCUACCCUGUGGUGCAGGAAAGAGUUUAGUUGGGGUGACAGCCUGUUGUACAGUUCGUAAACGAGCCCUAGUUCUCUGCAACUCUGGUGUAUCAGUGGAGCAGUGGAAGCAGCAGUUUAAGAUGUGGUCGACCGCUGAUGAUUCGAUGAUCUGUCGUUUCACCAGUGAAGCAAAGGACAAACCAAUGGGAUGUGGAAUCCUCGUGACAACUUAUUCCAUGAUAACUCAUACCCAGAAGAGGUCCUGGGAGGCUGAGCAAACCAUGAAAUGGCUGCAGGAACAGGAGUGGGGUAUCAUGGUGCUGGACGAGGUGCACACAAUACCAGCUAAAAUGUUCAGAAGAGUCCUGACAAUUGUUCAGUCCCAUUGUAAACUGGGUCUGACUGCCACACUCCUUCGAGAAGAUGACAAAAUAGCAGAUUUGAAUUUUUUGAUUGGUCCAAAGCUCUACGAGGCUAAUUGGCUUGAGCUGCAGAAGAGGGGAUUCAUUGCCAGGGUUCAGUGUGCUGAGGUCUGGUGUCCAAUGACUCCAGAAUUUUAUCGUGAAUAUUUGUGCUGUAAAAUGACGAGGAAAUUGCUUCUCUAUGUCAUGAAUCCUAAUAAAUUCAGGGCCUGUCAGUAUCUGAUCAAAUACCAUGAGAGGAGGGGCGACAAGACAAUUGUCUUCUCCGAUAACGUCUUCGCCCUCAAGCACUACGCCAUAAAGAUGAAUAAACCCUACAUUUAUGGGCCUACCAGUCAGAAUGAGAGAAUUCAAAUUCUCCAAAAUUUCAAGUUCAACGUCAAAGUGAAUACGAUUUUCGUGAGUAAAGUUGCCGACACAUCUUUCGAUCUGCCUGAGGCCAAUGUUUUGAUACAGAUAUCAUCGCAUGGAGGGUCUAGGAGGCAGGAAGCCCAGAGAUUGGGGAGAAUUCUUCGAGCUAAAAAGGGAGCGAUUGCAGAGGAGUACAACGCGUUCUUCUACACUCUUGUCUCUCAAGACACUAUGGAGAUGAAUUACUCCCGAAAGAGACAGCGAUUCCUUGUUAAUCAGGGAUAUGCUUAUAAGGUCAUUACGAAACUUGCUGGGAUGGAUGGUGAGCCUGAUAUGUUUUACAAGACAAGGGAGGAACAGGGACAGCUUCUACAGCAAGUUCUGUCAGCCAGUGAUACUGAUGCUGAUGAAGAGAGAAUUCCUGGAGAGGGACCCAAAAUUAUUCGAAAGGUUGGAAACUUGGCGUCAUUGUCUGGAGCUGAUGAUGCGGUUUAUUACGAGUACAAGAAGUCAGCGUCGUCGUCGACUGCUAACAAGCAUCCGUUGUUCAAGAAGUUCAGAGGAUGAUGACAAGAUAUUUGUAUUUAUUAGAAAUAAAUUUUUUUCAUUUAGAACAAUCCAUGAGAGUGGACUUUUCGUUGAUAUUAUUGAAUUCGAUAAAUUCGAUUGCAUCUGGCCAGAUGUUAAGGGUUCGUCUCAUGCUCAAUAAAUAAAGAAUAAAUAAAUGAAAAAAU